UGGAAAAUUGCGUUGCAGUGGCUUGAGAUCGGCUGAGAAUCGCUGCGCACCGAAUUCCGAGUGCUGUGCAAUUCGGCUUCGGCAGCCGGAGGCGCAGAGCGGAUUCGGAGGGCAAGUGCACGGAGGUGUCGGAGCUGCCAGAGGAAGUGGGAAUUUACUCGUUCUCGCACGCGAUGGCUGCAAUUUCUGCAGCCCCGUGUGGACUAUGCGGAGCGAGCGAUCGUUUGAGCAGCCGUGCUGCCUCGAGAGGUAGCCAGCCGGUGCACGGGGGCAUGGGUGUACAGGUGGGCAAGCAACCGAGUGGCAUGCGAGUGCGAGCGCAAGCGAAGAAAUCCGGAGAUGGGGAAGAAAAGGAGAAGGAGAAGAGCAAAACGUCCUUGUUCACGAGCAUAACUGAUGCGCUGGAUUUCGCCCAGACGAGGUCCGAGAAGGAUGCCGAGCUUCUGGAGGACGCUCGCUCUGCCACCAAGUCAGGCGAGAAGAUGAGCCGAGAACAGUACGGUGCCUUGAGAAGGAAAAUCGGCGGAACCUACAAGGACUUCUUCAAGGACUCGAUCGAUGUUAUCGGAGACUACGUCGAUGAUGGGUGGGUCGACAAGAAGUGCCGCUACUGCAAGAAGGACACCAGCAACGAUGCUCGAACUGUCGACAAUAUGGGACGCUAUGCGCACGUAGCGUGCAUGGAGAAGGCCAGCAGCGGCAACUUUUUCUCGCGCCUCUUCGGAAAAUAGAUCAUCGCUUCUCUGAUGGAUUUGGCAAGGUCUUAGCUCUUUGUCACAUAGAACUCUCUUGCUUGCUGGCUCGUGCUUGUAAUCAGAUAUUCAAGUCCACAUGGCUGUGUGUACCAGGUGGGCACAAUCUGCCAUCAAAAUAGGACAGAGCAGGCCAUUUUUUCGAAGCCCAUGACCCUUGUGUCAAAGCCUCUUAGUGCAGCAAGAUGAGCGCAAGCAUUGUUCACACACGUCUCUCCUCAGUCUGAGCAGUACUGCCUACCUACCAAAUGUAGAAGCUAAUCCUGAACAGUCGGGCUUAUAGUCGAGGCAUAAUGUCGGAACGUAAAGGAUCACCAUUCAGUUCGAAGGACUUUCAUGUUCCGUGGUUCUAUGUAUCUUUCUACCACCUGAAACUGGCUACUCCAUAUUGUAAUAAAUCCUCAUCAUACUCC